CUAGUUUGGAAACUUAUUAAAAUACGAAUAAAACAAGUAAAUCGAAAAUCUUCGUGGAAUCGUAUACAAACCAAGUUCCGUAACCGCAAUGGCAGAGGACAAUUCCUGGGUGUUUGAUUCGCUGGUGUGCUUCCUGCACGGUCCGGUUUGGAAUGCACCGCUUCAAACCUUUAUCGAGGACAAAUCGAUUAUUUUUGAUCCAAACGUAAAGCCCGAUGAAAACAAUCCGGAAUUCCGGAAGGUCCAUGACGAGUACAAAAAUCUGGUCGACUACAUGCUCGGUUCGUUCAUGGAGGAAAUGCAAAUCACGCCGGAACAGUUCGAGUUUGCCUGUUUGGAGGGUCGCAAUUCGGCGGCCAUGUCCCAGUCUCCAGCGCACAAUAAUGGCGCUGCUGGUGACAAGGAAGGCCGCUCGUUCUCCUUCCAUCAGGGAUUGUUUCAGCAGAUUUGGGCCGCCAACGACAUUCGGAUAUUUAUCCGCAUGAUGACGCAACGGAACGUGGAGAUACAGUUGCAGGCGUUGGAUUUGAUCGAACGGAGACAGGCCUCCCAGUCGUCGUCAAUGGAAAAGGACGACUUCGGAGGGUCGGAGCCAUUGGUCGCCAAGCGGAAGGAAGAACAAAACCCUGCUAUCGCUUCAGCCGAGGGAAUAGGUGAUUCGGCUACCGAACAGGAAAUUGAACAGGAUAUCAUCAAAUCUGUGGACGAUGAGGUUAAGGAAACGGCUCCGUUUGCACCGAAACCCGUUGCCGAUGCAGUGGGUGAUGAUGUUUUACACGAAACUAACGACAAAUUUCAACGUCUGAAUUUGUUCUUUGAACAGGACAGGAUCAACACAGCCGAUAUGCGUGCCCGACAAGAACACCUUCGCACCCAGCGGGACAAGAUUCUCCAGAUCAAGAAGCAAGCUCGUGCACGACAGCUAAACGAAUCCAUCAAAAAGAACAACGAACAACGUCCUGCAUCGGCCCAGGUUGCGCAGAAACUGCUGGAAUCCGAUGCGACCGUUGGUUCCGUGGUUCUUUCGGAUCCUCCGGAGUCGUCGCUACAGCUGCGUAAGAUGCUGGCACAACGACUCCGCACCGAAGUCAUCGAUGACAAUUAGGAUGGGAGGAGAGCUUGAUUAAAACCUGGGGAUGUCACUCUUUAUAGCAUUUGAAGUUUUGUUGUGGAAUUAUUCACGUCAAUAUGAUUUUAACGCAGUUAUGCAGUCAAAGGUAUAACCUAAAAUGCUACUUAUGGUAGGAGAAAUGAAUCAAAAGUGUUUUUGCUACUCGUGGCUUGCGUAAUCGUGCAUUGAAUCAACACUAAUACUCAGCAAAUAUGCCGUUUGUGAUAUAACUGUACUUGCCUUAGAGAACCAAUAAAGAUUCGAAUUUUUGGCAGUA